AUGUGUUAUUACCAAUCAAUGCGCGAGGACCCCAAACGUGGUCAUUACGUGAUUUUGGUGCCCAAUCACAAAAGACAGAUGGAUGGCCCAGCAAUGCUUUCCCUGAACAAUUCGUUGAAAGAUAUUUUAGAUGUUUACGUGGCUGAGGUACUACCUAAAUUUCCAGCACCACAGGAUGAGCAACUAUUCCUGCAGAGCAAUGGCAAAGCAUUCAAAGGUGGAAAAAUUGCCAAUAGGCUCCCAGAAUUCUUGCAGAAAUCAGGUGUGAGACCAGAUCUUUGUGUAGCGGCGACAAAUAUCCGCAAGUGGAUAGUGACAACCUGCCACCAAAAGAAGUGCAAUGGUGCAUCUUUUGAUGAACGUGUAAUACGACAUGCAAUGUGUCACUCCGAGAGGGCUGCAAAAGCAAACUACCUAAGGGAGGACCUUACGGAGGUAUCUGCAGCAGCACUUGACAUCAUAGCUGCAUGUACCGACACGCGUGCAAAACGUCUGCGCGUGCGCAAGGUCUCUAUUUUCAAUAAUUAAAAUUUGCAAAAUCUUCCCCAUUUAAAUUGAAAAACACUUAGGAAUGUUUGAUAUGUUUAAUGGUUUGCAGCCGGUUCUAGUAUUAAGCACAACAAAAAAUUACUUAAACUAACUUACCUCGACUGGCUUUUUUCGUGGUUUGACAGUAACUCAGGAUGACUCGAGAACUGUUUAUUACCUCGUGCUUUGCAGUGAUAACACCACUGUGUGCCCGGGCGAUAUGCUGUCGCUCGAGAGCCAAUCUCGUCAAAUAUUGGGUAAAAUCUGCGAGGAAUUGGCUUUGAAUCUAGGCGAGAAGGGGUUUUCCUGUCGUGUGUUGGACAGGAGCAGCGCACGUCCUUUCUUCGCAACUCAUCCCAAUGUCGCCGGCAAACAUGGGAGUUUACCGGCAAACCAACAGCACGGCUGAGAGCUUCAGACAGCUGGUAAAGUCGUCCAGUACAAGGUUUUUCCGUCCUUGUUUUUCCACUUAGCAUGCAUUGGUCGUUUUCGUUGUUCGCAUUGACCGAGCUCAGCGACAUGAUGACCAAAACAGCAAGAAUGGCUACGGCGAAGUGCCUCCUGAGCGAGCGUGGACUUUCAAACAUAAUUUUCGCCUUUGGUGCAAGGAGGAAAGUAUGUGGUGCAAAAGAGAGAAACUAAAGCAAUUAAUAAACUUUGUGUUCGUGAAAUUCUAAGCUUAUGUUUUGUGUGUGGAGCUUACUUUUUUGAAUUUCGCGGCCGGAAUCUAGUUUGUUUUGGUAUCGCGUAUAAUUUCGAUGGGGAAGGCACUGGCAAAUUCGCGCCGGAAGCAGGGAAGGCACACAUGCGCACUGCGUUUUUCACGCGUGUCGCAUGUACCUCCACUCAAACAUCAGAGUUGAAUCCUGUCAACAGCGACCACGUCAGUCCUUCAUCUCCGGAGGUAGAGUCCAGAAAAUUUCGUCCCCUCACCAUUGACUUCGACCAUGUCAGUCCGUCAUCCCCUGAAGCUAAGUCCAGUAAUGUUUGUCCCCUAACCAGCGAGGAGAAGACCUUAAUCAAAACCAUCUUCAUUGACAUUAUUGUCAAAGAUCAAGUAGUGUGUGUACGCGACAUAAGACCACUACUGAUGGCUGACACAAAGCUGAGGACGCUAGUGCCACAUAAAACCUUGGUGCAGAGGGUGGCUGACCAUAUCUGCUACUGCCAGGUGGAGCAUCCCAGAAAAGACCCCAACGAGCUUCCCCAGGCAGACGCUGAAAGCAACAUCUCAGAAUGGCUAGAAGCAUAA